GACCACCACCAUUCAUCAUCCCAAUACAUAGCCCCUCCUACCUCAUUUUUGUUUCAUCAAUGGCUUCUCUGACUAAAAACUCCAUUCUCACAUUCCAAACAUGUACACCCCAUAAGCACCAAGGUACAACCAAUUUCAAACCCGCCGAUUCAUUUCUUCCUCCCUCUUAUCCCCUUACUAGAGUCAAGUCGUCAACCAAAACGCGCUCUUUGUCCUCUAGAACAAGCCAGUCUUUUACAUCUAUCAUUAACGAGAAGGAAAAGACCAACCUAUCCAUAGAUCAAUUAGAAGAAAGUGAAAACACUAGUAACAGGACGAAUAUUUAUGAAGCAGAAGUAGUAGAUCGAUGGCUAGAAAUUCAUGGUCAAGAUGAUUGGGUAGGUAUGCUUGAUCCAAUGGAUCCACUUCUUCGUAGCGAAUUAAUUCGCUACGGAGAAAUGGCUCAAGCUUGUUACGAUGCUUUCGAUUUCGAUCCAUAUUCUAAAUAUUGUGGGAGUUGCAAAUUUCCAAGACGUAAGUUUUUUGAUGGAUUAGGUAUGGCUGAAUAUGGAUACGAUAUCACACGUUAUUUAUAUGCAACUUCAAAUAUUAACUUGCCAAAUUUUUUCAAGCAAUCGCGUUGGCCUAAGAUAUGGAGUAAAAACGCGAAUUGGAUCGGUUAUGUUGCGGUUUCAAAUGACGAAACGACGAAACGGUUAGGUCGUCGUGACAUAACAAUAGCAUGGAGAGGUACGGUGACUCGUUUGGAAUGGAUUGCUGAUUUAAUGGAUUAUCUCCGUCCCAUUUCUUCAGAUAAUAUACCUUGCCCUGAUCCUAAUGUCAAGGUCGAGUCUGGAUUUCUUGAUCUUUACACUGACAAAGACGAGAGUUGCAGGUAUUGCAAGUUUUCAGCUCGAGAACAGAUACUAACGGAAGUGAAAAGAUUAAUAGAAAUGUAUCCAGACGAGGAAAUGAGCAUAACGGUUACAGGGCACAGCUUAGGUAGCGCGCUAGCAAUAUUAAGCGCGUACGACCUAGUGGAAACGGGGUUAAAUGUGAAGGCGGAUACAAGUGGUGUGCCAAUAUGUGUAUUUUCAUUUUCAGGGCCAAGAGUUGGUAAUGUAAGGUUCAAAGAAAGAAUUGAAAAAUUAGGUGUGAAAGUGUUGAGAGUUGUGAAUGUUCAUGAUAUAGUGCCAAAAUCACCAGGAUUAGUGUUGAAUGAGCAUUCACCAUCUAUGGUUAUGAAGAUAUGUGAAAAGUUACCAUGGAGUUAUUCACAUGUUGGUGUGGAGUUGGCUUUGGAUCAUAAGAAUUCACCUUUUUUGAAACCAACUAGUGAUCUUGUUUGUGCACAUAAUUUGGAGGCUCAUUUGCACUUGCUUGACGGAUAUCAUGGAAAAGGGAGAAGAUUUGUGCUUGAAAAAGGCAUAGACAUACCCUUAGUGAACAAAAGCAUGUGAUUUUUUGAAAGAACAUUAUUGUGUUCCUCCUUUUUUGGAG